UAGAAAGCAUCGAAAAGUGGAUUGAAAAUGAAGCAAAACGCCAAUAUGAAUCUGAAUAUCGAAAUCAGCUCCCAUCUGUUGGUUUACCCACAAUUCACAGUACAUUUUUUUUAAAAAUUGAUGAAGCUUUGAAGAAGUAUCUAACCUUUGAAGCACUCAUCUGUCAAAAACUUCAAAUAAGUCAAUCUUGUCUUUACUGCCCAUAUCAAAUUAAUUUUUUAACUCUUAGCCAAAAUGAUUAUUCAGAAUAUACAUCUGGAUUUAUCGAAGAUGAUUAUCAAGAGAGUCGCGUUUUACUUCCAUCAAUGCUAAAAUUAAUUAGCAAUCAAACCAUCCUUGAGAUUUGGCAUAUUAGAUUAUUUAGUGCUCCAGCAUCUCAUAAUGGACAAUAUAUUAUAGUUUUAGAUAAUGAGAUACAAAAUGAUAAGUCGAAUAGUAGCUUUGAUAUCAUUGAAGAACUUCGAGAACCAGAUUGUUUUAAUUACGAAAUUCAACAAUAUAUUUCUAAAAAAGCUGAAUACUGCCAAGGUAUUGGAAUCGCCAAAAAAGAAGUUCAAACUGCCCUUGACACUGGUACAAUAGAUAAAUUUAUUG